CACCUGGCUCAGGUGGCGGCUAUAAAGUCCAUCCUCCGGGUGUGCAGGGCCCACAGUGACUCCUCUCCUCCGCUCUCAGCAGAACCGAACCACCAUGAGCAUCGCGCGCUUCUCCACCUACUCCUUGUCCUCCGUGCCCAGCGCCAGGGCCACCCCGCGGGGCACCAGCGUCUACGGCGGCGCGGGCGGCCGCAACGUCCGGGUGUCGUACGCCUCCAACGGCCUGGGCUCCGGGUUYGACCUGGCCCAGGCUCUCGGCGGCGGCGGCGGGGGGGACAGCAGCAUGUCGGUGUCCGGCAACGAGAAGGCCACCAUGCAGAACCUGAACGACCGCCUGGCGACCUACCUGGACAAGGUGCGCUCCCUGGAGUCCGCCAACACCAAGCUGGAGCGUCAGAUCCGGGAGUGGUACGACAAGCAGACCCCCACCGUGAGGGACUACAGCAAGUACCAGGCCAUCAUCGACGACCUGCGCAAAAAGAUCAGCGCCGCCACCACACAGAACACCACCCUGAUGCUGCAGAUCGACAACGCCCGGCUGGCAGGGGAGGACUUCAAACUCAAGUUUGAGACGGAGCUGGCGGCUCGCAUGGCGGUGGAGGGGGACAUCGCCGGGCUGCGCCGGCUUCUGGACGACCUGACGAUGACCCGGUCCGACCUGGAGAUGCAGGUCGAGGGCCUGAAAGAGGAGCUGGUCUUCAUGAGGAAGAACCACGAAGAGGAGCUGGCGGCGCAGCGCAGCCUCAUGUCCAGCAGCUCUGUGAACGUGGAGGUGGACGCCAAGCCUCAGGAGGACCUGAACCAGGUCCUGGAGGAGAUCAGGUCUCAGUACGAGUCCAUCACCGAGAAGAACCGCCGGGAAAUGGAGGCUUGGUACAAAGGCAAGUUUGACGACCUGAACAAGGCGAUGGCGAGCAGCACGGAGACGCUGCAGACGUCUCGCACUGAGAUCAACGACCUGAAGAGGUUGCUGCAGAGUCUGCAGAUCGAGCUGCAGUCCCAGAACAGCCUGAAAUCCGCCUCGGAGGGAACGCUGGUCGAGACGGAGUCCCGUUUCGCUCUGCAGCUCCGGCAGCUCCAGAUGAUGGUGGACAGUCUGGAGGAGGAGCUCAGCCAGGUGAAGGCCGACGUCGUGCGUCAGUCCAGUGAGUACCAGAUGCUGCUGGACAUCAAGACCCGGCUGGAGCUGGAGAUCGCAGAGUACCGCCGGCUGCUGGAAGGAGAGCUCAACACGAAAACCACUAAGGUUGAGGUGAAAGAAGAAAAACGUAAACCAGUUAUCACUCAGAGGACGAAGGUGGUGAUCGAGGAACUCAUCGAUGGAAAGGUAGUUUCCCGCACGGAAGACGUGGACACUGAGGUCCUCAACAAGUAGGCGGAGCCAAAUGAUCCAGAAGAACCCGGUCUUUGUGUAAAUAAGCUUCUUACUAAAACCAGAAACAAGAAAUAUUUAUCUUCCAGGUUUGGAUGUUCUGUCAGAACUUGUUCUGAUUUAUUGAAUUUUUAAUUUUUAAAAACUUGCUUUUAAUAUGGUCGUUAAAAUUACUAAAAGAAAACAUUCAUUGUCAAUUUUUUUUAAUAUUAGACUCAAACCAAUAAAUUUUACCUCAAGCCUU